AUGCCAGUGGAGGUGAUGUGCACGGCCACUUGUUUAACGCGAACCAGUGAGCACGUGAUUGUGGCACGUACCACUCCGACUGGCCCGUCUAUCCUUGUGUGGAAUUUGACUUCCAAUCAGACCGAACACGAGAUCCCUUAUCAUCCAAUGAAUCCACUGGUUAAAGAUUCGGUCACCUAUUUGAAUAUUUCCAUGGACGAUCGACUAGUGGUUGCCGGAUUCCAGAACCCGACAGACGAUCAUGCCUGUUACAUGGUGUUUGAUCUGGCCGCUCACUAUCGGGUAAGUGAGUUGGAUCCGAGAGAUGCACUGAACGCGUGCUCAAAUAAACAGAAGAGUUUCACUAAUACUUACCAUGAUCUCAAUUACAAUCUAGAAUGUGUGGCACCACUGCAUUCUGAAUGA